UUUUAUCUAAUCUUUCUUUUUCAAGAAAAAUGAAGAUGUGAAGAAAAGACUUCUCUUUAUCUAUAAAUGGGAAUGAAACCUUUCCUUUCUUGAACACAAACACAAAUACCUAUCUCUGUGUGUCUGCUCUCUUCUCUUUACUGUGCAGCUUCUACGUUCUCUAAUUGGCUAGCUUUUGGUUCCUUUGAUCCGACCUAACUCGAGCCAAAGUUCGUCAAAGCUGACCCAGGGCUAGCUAGGAAUGGCUAGAGAGAAGAUCAAGAUCAAGAAGAUUGACAACAUUACUGCGAGGCAAGUGACUUUUUCUAAGAGGAGACGAGGGCUUUUCAAGAAAGCUCAAGAGCUUUCUGUUCUUUGUGAUGCUGAGGUUGCUCUCAUAAUUUUCUCUGCAACUGGCAAGCUAUUUGAGUAUUGCAGCUCCAGUAUGAGGGAGACACUUGCGAGGUAUUAUCUGCAUUCCAAUAAGCUCGACAAGCUUGACCGACCAUCUCUUGAAUUGGAGCUACAGAAUAGCAAUCGCAUGCUGUUGAGCAAGGAAGUCGCUGAAAAGACUCAUCAGCUAAGGCAGAUGAGGGGAGAGGAUCUGCAAGGAUUAAACAUAGAGGAAUUGCAGCAGUUGGAAAAAAUGCUUGAAGUUGGACUUAGCCGUGUCCUUGAAACUAAGGGAGAUAAGAUCAUGAAUGAGAUAUCUGCACUCGAAAAGAAGGGAGCUCUACUGCUAGAAGAGAAUAAACAGCUAAAAGAGAAGAUGAUGACAUUGUGCAAGGGAAAAAGGCCAGUUAUUUUGGAGUCCGAUGUGGCCAUCCAGCAGGAAGAAGGCGUGUCAUCGGAAUCCGCCACAAAUGUAUGCAGCUGCAGCAGUGGCCCUCCUCUUGAAGAUGAUAGCUCCGAUACUUCACUCAAACUAGGGCUGCCCUUUUGAAGAUGGUGGGGAGAUUAUAAAGUAGGUUUUAAGUGUGAGGAAUAAAGCAAGGUCCUCAUAAUUUGGAGAUAGUCUUUAAGAAAAAGAAAAAAAAAAUAUUUACUUCAUGUGGUAUGAUGCUUUUGCAAGUGAAAAAACUUGGAUUGUAUUCACUUAUGUUGUCUUUUUUAUUAUGGGUUUGUCCAUGCUCUUACAUUACUACUGGGCUUUGUGUAGAGAAUCAAAAUUGAGUUAAGAAUGCUAGCUAAACCUUCUUGUUUGAGUUUC